AUGACGUUCUUUAUGUUAAUGUGUAUGAAAAUUUAUGCGAGUAUAUUUGUGGCAGUUGAUGGGACUUUGAAUUCACAAGGAACAAUUGCUGAACUGAUGAAUAGACUAGAAUUCAGAGAUUCUAAUUCAUUAUUCAUGGAUAUUACUCCAAAAGGUUCUAUUGUGAAAACUCUACAAAAAUCUAAAAUUGAUUGCUUAGUUAGAGAGAAGGAUUUGUAUAUGUAUUAUUUUAUUACACGAUAUCCCAGUAGAACACUUGUGUUUGUAAAUAAUGCAGUAAAGACAAAGAUUAAAAAAUUUGAAUCGCAGAAUCUGAAUGCAGUGAUGGUUGCUAGUGACAUGGCAGCUCAAAGGCUGAAUAUUCUACUCAUUAAGUAUGUGAUACAUUAUCAAUUACCACAUUCUGGAGAU